AUGGUGGGUGACUGCAAGAGAAUACCUUCUCAGUUCACGCAGCUGAUGACAUCAGUUGCAAUAGAGUCGGUGGAUGCAGCAAGGCGUAUAAUAACGAGCUGUUGUGAGAUGAGUCCCUUACAGUGGUCAACCCAUUCCUUUGCUUCAUUGGCGCUUCUACUGUUGUCCCUUGGUUACUUCUGCGAUUCUGCCAGUUCCAGAGGAGACACAGCCUCGCUCCUCCCACGCGAGAAUGGGAGAGGAAUACAUGGUGAGGACGAGACGUCUUUUGCAGGGAGAAAUAUACAAAACGAAAAUGAAGAAAGUGUUGAGACCGAGGUCUUAGAGCCACGGGAGGGAAGGAAGCGCCCUUAUGUUCCCCUCAAUAGCCUUACGUUCAUGACAGCUAACAGCCAUGUGAGCACCAUUGACUGGUCAUCCACUGAUCCCAGUCAGAUCCGGCAGUACAUAGCAGGCAGUAAGCUGGCUGGUGUGCCUCAAAGAUCCACCACAAGGCCUGCCUCACAAAAUAAACUUACCACUUCCACACUGCCCCCAUUCCCUCUAAUUCACAAGAGUACAACCAAGAGAUCCACUCCUUCAACUAAAAUCCCUUUUCUUUUAACAACCAAGAGACCCACCUUGCCAACAACAGUUAAAAAUGCUUCCUCAACAUCUGGACCCUUUACCACACCUAGGACACCCACUACACCAACAACUAUGAGACCUACAGCCUCAGCAGUUACAAGUUCAACAGUAUCAAAAAUGCCUACAGCAUCGACAACAAGAAGACUUGUAUCAAUAACUGGAAGACCAGUUGAACUGGCCACAGGACCCAUACCAUCUACAAGUUCACUUAUAACCUGGAAACCGAGCUCUCUAGCAAUUAGCGAUACUUCUGCGGUCACAGCUACGAGUUCCAUUAUAACUUGGAGACCAAGUUCUCUGGCAAACACUAACACUUAUGCUGUGACAACAGAGGGAACUUCAGAUAACCCUAUAACUUCUACCACAGAAUUAACCACAAUAGAAUCAACUUUCUUUACUCAGUGGUUAACAGAUAAUGGUAACUCACCGACAACAGGAUUCACACCCACAGGGGAAAAGACUCCGCCUCCACCAACUGAACUGCCUCCCCCACUGGAUUCCAUUAAGCCACCCUUGCUUUCAACAUGGCGACCAACAUUUAGACCAAUACCUGACUAUGUCGAGGUGACUUCUCAACCACCAACUCAGGCCAUGUUAUCUAGCACAACUGAAUUGCCAGUAAACAAACUAAAUUCAAAUGCUUCAAACGAAAAUUCUCCAGUUUUUAACUCAAAUAUUAAUUAUCCUACCUCUGCUCCUGCAAUUCAGGAAUCCCAUUCACCAACAGGAACAUCCACAGCAUUAUUAGUACAGAAUACUACAAUUCCUAACUAUGUCAAAGUGACUACUCAAGCAUCUACAACCCAGUCAACCAGUACAACCACCCAGGUACCAGUAAACCAAGUAAAUCCAAGUGCUGCCACUGAGAAAUCUCCAUUCCUCAGCUGGAACAUUAACUUUUAUUCUACUUCUGGUCCUGUGGUUCUGGAAUCUUAUUCACCAAAAGUUAGAACAACUACCUCCUCAGCUCCACUGCUAAGGAUAACUCGGACCUCAACUAUUUCACCACAGGUUGUUACAAGUCAGCCAGGUCAGAAACCAAGCAAUGCUGGCCAAACACCAGCACAUCAAAAUAAUUUUAACUCUCAUUCUAUGGAAGGUCAAGGUAUUAAGCCUGUAAAACAUACUAGGCCACCUUCAGAACAAAAUUAUGAGACAGAGCAUGAGCCUCUUAGUCCCUGGCAGUACCUCGAUUCAAGUCCACAGCCAACUGAUAGCUACACUACUAGGCCCCAACCAGUUGUUACAAAUAAUUUCAUAUCAGACAAUGAUCAGAAGUUAAUACAUGAAGCACUUAAUAGGUUCCAGACACAUUUUAGCUCUGCCACAGAUACAAGCACUACAUGGCAGGAACACAUACAAGACACAGAUCUUCCACAAAUACCCACAAUAGAGGAGCCUGGUGCAAUAGGCCUGGCUCCUCAACAACCAUUGUGGACAACUACACAGCAGCUGGAUGAUAACAAGACAUCCAGCAUCUUUCAUGAUGACAUGGUGUGGUAUUUUGAUUCCAGCAAUGAGCAUAACCCCAAUGUUUCUUGGAUCACUAAUCCAAGACCUCAAGUGCCACACAACUUCCCAUUAUCUACUGAAGUCAAACCAAGAGAUCCAGCCACUACACCGGAUCCAGCCCUCUUUGAGAUAAUCAGUGGUUCUUCUGGUGAACAUCCAGAAAAAUUAUCUUAUAAUACAGAUCAGAGCCACUUUACCUCUAAGCCCACCCAAGGACCCACUCAUUCCACAUCCAAACAAGACUUGUUUACAAUAUCCAAUGAUAAAUCACAUCCUACUCGAGCAUCUAUUCUACGCCCACUGGUCAGUCCAGAAGUGCAAGUUGACACUCACACAGAACUGUUCAAGGUUUCUCAACCUGAGGUGCCAGUUUCCUCCCUUGCAGCUCCUCUUCCUACAGUGGAUGGUAACAACGAUUACGACUUUGAUUACGCCGUGUAUGAGGAUGAUCUGAGUGAGUACUAUGCUGCCUAUGGAUACUUACUGGGGGUCGAGCAUGAGGAAGACAGACAGAAUAUACCCGACAAACUUCCAACCUUUGAUCUUGACAAAAACAGCCCUUCCAUCCUAGAGACCCUAACUUGGCCUUAUACCACCAUUCCUACCACUAAAAGGCCUUUAGACUCAGACUCAGCUUAUUCCCAGUUCCCUGCUGUUGAAAAUAAGUACCCUAUAAAUUCCCAUGACUCGUCAGAAACUAAGUAUACACCUCAUUUAAUCAGUUCUUCGAAUAAAGAAAACAUAUCUCCUGUUUCUUCUUUAGGAACUUUAACAAAUGAAUCUAAUUUUACUACUGCAUCACCUAUUUAUACAUAUUCAUCUCUUAUACCUGCCUAUCCUCAAUCUCAGUCUUUAGCUGCAUCUAUUCCACUUUCUGUAAAUGAAAGUGAUUAUGCUAAUUUUCUUACUGAAAAUGGUAACAUAUAUCCUGACUAUAAUGACGUUUACUACUAUAGUUAUGAAGAUACGCCAAUAGUCAAUGAUUUCCAGUCUUCACUUCAUGUUGGAGAUUCUCUUAAAGUAGGUGAUUCAUCCAUCAGCAGGCCAAUAGGCAGUGGACAUCAGGAAAAUUUGAAUGUACACCCUUUACCUCAUUCAGACCUUCCAGCUUCCCAAGUCGAUACUUCAAAGUUUGAUGAAAUUCGCUUCCAAGCAAACAAUAAUCCACACAAUUUAAACGUACACAAUGUGGGAUUCCUUGACACAUCAUACAUCCCUAAGGUUAUCAAGACAACCACAACAACUCGACGACCUCCUGUUCUAUAUGCUCCUGCUGACAGAGAAUCACAACAAUCUCAUAAUGGUUCCCCAACUAAGGAUUUAGACACUUUUGUUGCACUUAAUCCUCUAAAGCCUACUGUAGCUGUUAUAGAACGGGAGAGCUUUCAAGAAUCUAAAGACACUGAGAUCAAUUCUUCAUUUAGUACCAGUAAACCUCCAACAUUAUCGCAGGAUACUUCACACAACUAUGUCCAUUAUGGACACAUUUCACAAAACACAAAUUUACGUUCAUCUAGUUAUAAAAUUACUGAAGAUAAUAUGUAUCACCUCUUUUCAAGUCCAUUCUUUGUAAAGGAUGAUAAGAAGAGUAGUUUUUCAGUAUAUGAAUCUAUUGUAAAAAAUAAAGUUGAAAGUGAAUUUCCUCCUCAUGAGUUGACAAAUCUGCAUGAACAACAUUCAUCAUCACACCUAGAAAAUAGGCCGAACUAUAACACACCAACAAAUACUAACUUCCACCCAGUCACUCAUUCAGGCCAAUUACCAGAAGCAGAUGUAGCUUCAUCUGAUUCGCAAGGGUAUUUCAGUCCUCCAAACAUAAACUUGUCACCUCCCAAUAUCCUUUUUCACACCUCUCCUAACAAUAAUGUUACUCCUGUACAUGUAAAGAAUACAACUCACAAUACCAGACCUUUCUUACUUCAACCACACAGCUCUCUCCCCAAUCCUUUAUAUAAUUUCCAGCCCUUUAGUAGAAAUCAGACUUAUGAUACUUCCAUUAAGAGAAUAGGUCUGAGGCCUGCAACUCAGAAACAUGGAUCUCAGCCUCCUGAUAGUGCACCAUCAUUAAAUAAUUACCAAGACGAAAUUCAUUCGUCUCCUGUACAUUCAUUUAAUUCUGAUAUUUCUCUGUCCAGUACUGCAUCCCAGAAAGAUCAUGCAAUUACAGUAACUGAGCACCAUGUGCAGUUUACUGAAGUUGGCUCUGAUUCUACUUCUGUAUUAACUGUCUCAGACCCCACGACAUUUCUGCCACAGCCUGACGACUUUUCUAUCAAAUUUGCAGAGUCAGAAAGUAAUCUUGGCCAAAGUGAUGGUGUUCAUCAGCAUCAUCAGUCUUCAGGUAAUCAUAGCCACCACAACAAUCAGCAAAACCACCAUCCUUCCGUACAGGUAAAGAUAUGGAAAAUGGUUGAUGGGCAGCUCAGACUUGUGGAGGAACAAUCGGUGCCGUCUGAAAUGUUCGAUAACUCGGGAUUAUCAAAUGGUGCCGUAGUCAACCCUCAGGAUGUACCAUCUGACGUGCUCUCAAUGGUGGCUACCAGGAUGGAGAAUCCCAGUCUUCUUUUCUCUCUUUUGAAUUACACUACAAGAAAAAGGCGCUCCUUGCCCAGCAAACGUGAAGAUACAGGAAAUACUGAAGCGGAUUUGGGCAAAACAGAAUUAAAGAAAAACAAAUCUGAGACUCCUUUGCGCCACAGAACUACAAUUUCCAUCAACUCUGCACAUACACCAUUACAUGAUCAGCCAGAUAACGAUGUAGAGAGGGUAAACAAGAAAAUUAAUGAAAAUACAAUGAUCAUUGAAAAGAUGCUAGAUAGAAAACCAACAGGAGGUUCAAGCAAUUACAGAAGAAAGGAAAGAAGUAGAAGACCAGCAAUAUCUCCUGAUGAGAAAACCGAAAGCAUAACACAGUAUUUAGUGAAAACUUCUAAACUUAAUGAUGAGAGUAGCCAAAGUGACUCUCCUGUCAUCCACUUGGUUAUCCCGAACUUGAAAGAACAACCAAGCUUCAAUACUCUAUUACAGAGGCUUGCAACUCAGUCUCAACAAGAUUUAAUUACCAGACAAUCCCAGACAAAUAAUCGAGAAUCCUUUUCUAGAAAUGAAACAGCAGCAAGUUUAGCGUUUGCGCAAGAACAUCAGGUAAAAUUACAAAAUAAUCAUGAGAUUUAUCCAACUCCAUCACACCCAAUACCUGCGUUUGGUGGUGUGGGUAGCGACAAUUUUCCCUUUACUCCACCUCCUAUUGCCAUCCAAAGUGUCCCUUCAAAAGGUUUGCUUCCCCAGGCCUCAAAACCUGAUGUUAUGCCUGAAAUUAAACAUUUUGGUGGCGUAGGUAAUCGAAACCAUACGAAUCUGCCACUUAAUAUUGGAACCUCUUUAGAUGAAAAUAAUCUUGGCUACCUGCAUGUCCUCUCACGUUUAGCUAAUCAGAUUCAAAGUUCCAAUGUUCAGAAUCCUAGCCUGCAAGGUAUUCUUGGAGAUAUCACAAAAAAUUCUCCAGGAGUCCAAGCUUCUAGAGGAGUUGUGGGGUAUAGCGCAGCUGGAACACUACUCAACAGUGGUGCAAGUACUCAAGGAAAUGGUUUCUCCCAGCUGCUUCAAGAGCCAUCUUUUCCAGGAGAACAUCGAGGGUCUGUCCUGGAGCUGCUACCUUCUGACCUUCCACAUGUCAAUCCCCUACUUCCCCCAGAUAAGCCUCUUGAUCACCCUGUGCCCUUGAGAGAUGUGCUUGGCUCUCUUCCAUCCUCAAGCACAUUGCACAGAGAACAACUUCGUAAAAAACUUGCCACUAUCACUGGAACCAACACUUUUUCCGGACACCUUGGCAAUGAGGGAUUCUUGAACCAGAAUAAUCAUGCAGUGCAGAAUUCUGUUUUAGGGAACCAAGGACAACAAUCAACUUUCAACCAAUUUACUUCAGAUUCUCAAAUACCCCAUCCUGGUGCAUUAGCUUCCUCAGUACAACCUGGUCCUUUUAAUAGUCCCAACCUGACCCCCUCAUUGCUAACUAAUGCAUUCAUAAAUUCAAGACCAAGCAAUUCUUUCUUUCUUCCAAGUCAGCAAAAUAGUCCAACUGCUUUCUUUAGUCAACAGUCCGUCUCUCUAGGUUACCCACAGCCAGGUAAUCAAAAUUUGCGACUUCCAGAUGGCUCUAUUAGUUCUGGCCAACAAAUGGCAUCACCAGCUAGCUACCAACAAACAACAUUUAAUCGUGCUGAUGUCUUAUCAAUCAUCGAUCGUUUGCAGUCCCAGGGUUCAGUUCCCAAUGACCAGUCUGUUCUAGACUUCAGUCAGCCCAAUGUAGCAUCCUCUUUGCCAUUACAGCAGCCUGCUGAUCUCUCGCCAUUUGAUCCUAGCCUUCCGUAUCUUCCUUUUCAAGAUGCUCCAAGCUUCAGUGACAGUCCCUUGAUCCCUUCUUUAACUGGAGGCACACUUAAUCCAUCACCUGCAACAGUUACAUCCUCAAAUGUCCAAGGAUGCACUCAGAGCACACUAUGUUCCUUGGGCCUUGCUUCCCUGGUAGCACUAGGAAUAUCUAAUGCCUUGGCUCUGCCUUUCAUCACGCCACUUUUCGUGGGUCGACGACGCCGUAGGCUGGAUCUCGCUAGAAAUUUCACUGGUCAAGAAGAGAGCCUUAUAGAGAAUGAUGAUAUCCUUAGAGAGCUACUAGCAAUGGCAGCUGGUGCUAAUCCAGGUUUCAGAGACAUCCUCACUGCUGCUAUUGCAUUUCAUGUAGAUAAAGCUCAACAAGAGACAAGUGCAGAAGACCACAUCAUCUUGAAUGCAAAAGCAAAAGAAUACAUGCAGCUUUUAGCGUCUUUAAGAGAAGACCAAGUAUCAUUUCUGAUUCAGCAUGCCUUAGAUACGAUAAGUGGUAGGAAGCAGCCGCAAGCAGACUACAACACACCAGCACAGACGUAG